AUGUUCAAAAGAACUCUCGUUUCAAAAUCAACCACUCACAUAGAAUUUGAAGAUGUGGAUUUCCAUUACCAUUACGAUGAAGAUGUUGUAAUAAUUUGGUGUCCAAAUGAUCAAAUGGCCAUUUUUAUACAUCGGGAAAUGAAAUUAACGACGAAACAACGAUUGAUUAAAAAGUUAGAAAGGAAGAAGAGAUUCUGUUUUAAAAAAUUAACAAAGCUUUUCAAGAAUGGUCAUAGAAAGGUUGACGAUGACAUGGAUUUUUGGUGCU